AUGUCUCGAUUGGGUGGUAACAUAUGCAAUUCUUUGCUGAAGUUGAAGCAUCUUCACUACUUGGCCCUGGACUACAAUUACUUUGGAGGAACGCAGAUUCCAGAUUUCAUUGGCUCCCUCAACAAUCUGGAAUACCUUGGCCUGUCUGGUGCAGGAUUUGGUGGUGUUAUUCCUCCUCGGCCUGGAAAUCUUUCAAAGCUACAGUAUCUUGGUAUUGGAGGCUAUGGUUAUUAUUUAAGCAUCAAGGAUAUUGAAUGGAUUUCUUGGCUUUCCUUCCUUCGAUUUCUUUGCCUGACUGGAGUUGAUCUCAGAAUGACAUCUAAUUGGCUACAGGUGAUGAAUCAGCUCUCUUUUCUAUCUGAGUUGCGUUUAUCAGGUUGUGGUCUUUAUAGCAUUGAACCUCUUCCGUAUGCCAACUUCUCACAUCUCAUUGUCCUUGACCUAUCAUCCAACUACUUUACUUCUCCAAUACUCGACCUUUUUCUGAGUACCGUUCCGUCUCUUGUUGAACUUGAUGCAAGUCGCAACCUUCUUAAAGCCAUUCCCAUUGCUCUAAGGAACAUGAGUAGCCUUGUGAAUUUGCCCAUUGAACAACUGAGGAAAUGUAAAAGUUUAUCCAUUUUGGACAUUCCCAAUGACUCUAUCUCGGGUCCAAUUCCUGAGUCCAUAGGAGAACUGUCGUCCCUGAUAUAUUUGGACCUCUCCAGGAACCACCUAAAUGGGACUCUUCCAGUAAGUCUUGGCAAUCUUUCAAAACCUGUAGCAUUAGGCAUAUCUUAUAACUCCUUUGAGGGUGCUCUUUCUGAAGCCCAUUUUGCAAUUCUAGCAUCACUGAAGGCCAUUUUUGCCAGCUCAAACACGUUCACUUUGCAAAGGAACUCUGAUUGGAUCCCUCCAUUUCAACUCACAUUUAUGAGAAUGGGUGAUUCCCAUUUGGGACCUCAAUUUCCCACGUGGCUUCAAAUACAAAAGAACUUAACAAAUCUGGAACUAUACAAUGCUGGAAUCUGUGACCCCAUUCCGUCUUGCUUUUCCAGCUUCUCCCAACUUUCACUUCCAGAUCUCUCCCAGAACCAUAUCCAUGGCAAUUUUCCAACCCUAUUUCAGAGCUUGCCCAAGCUUUCAUAUCUGGAUCUCUCUCAAAAACAGUUCGAUGGCAAUUUGCCCCAUCUGUCCUUUGGUGCGGUUUUCUAUCAUGCCUCCAACAACUUCACCGGCACGUUGCCUAGUAUCUCUUUUCAAGUAAAGGCACUUGAUCUUUCCAGAAAUUCAUUUAAUGGGUCACUUGCUUCCAUGCUAUGCCAAGGGACACACAAGCCCAGCAAGUUGGACACGCUAGACCUUUCAAGAAAUCUGCUUUCUGGAGAAAUUCCCAGCUGUUGGGGGAACUGGAGGAAUUUGACAGCCGUAAAACUGGGAGAUAACAAUCUAGCUGGAAACAUACCCAGCUCCAUUGGCUUUCUCAGUAAGCUUGGAUUACUAGGCCUGCACAACAACAGAUUCUCUGGCAGCUUACCACCAUCUUUGCAAAAUUGCAAGUAUUUAUUGUCUUCGGACAUUAGUGGCAAUGAAUUUUCUGGAAGCAUACCAUUGUGGUUAGGAACUAGUUUUUCCAACCUCCUAGAUCUUUUGCUUCAUUCAAACAGGUUCAGUGGUUUAAUUCCCUUUGAACUUUGUCACCUCAGUUUACUUCAUGUCUUGGACCUUGCACAUAAAUAUAAUAAUAUCUCAGGGACUAUUCCAAAUUGCCUUGGUAACUUAAGUGGCAUGAUGGCAACCCAAACUAGAGCAGAUCUCCAUAUUGUGUCUCCACAUACUGUAGAUCUUUCUUUGGAAUUGGUGGUAAAAGAUCAAAGGAAUGAAUAUAACAAACUUCUCUUGGUGAAAACAAUGGACCUUUCUGACAAUAGUUUGUCUGGGGAGAUCCCUGCAGAACUAAUGAACCUUCAUGGUUUUAUUUCCCUGAACUUGUCCAGGAACAAACUCCAAGGAAAGAUUCCAGAGAAGAUUCAUGCCAUGAAAUUGUUGGAGUCCCUUGAUCUGUCACUGAACCAACUCUCAGGCCAAAUUCCUCAGGGAGUGGCAGAUUUGACAUUUCUGAGUUGCUUGAAUUUGUUUUACAACAACUUCUCAGGCCCAAUUCCACUGGGCACCCAAAUUCAAAGCUUUAGUUCACUCAGUUUCGUGGGUAACCACGAGCUCUGUGGACCUCCAGUCUCAAACAACUGCAGCACAGAUGAUGCAUCUCCAAGUUUACCUCCAAAAGAUGAUGGGAAUGAAGACGAUGAGGAUGAUGAAUGGGUUGAUAUGAAGUGGUUUUAUAUGGGCAUACCAUUUGGAUCUGCUGUGGAUUUUUGGGCAGUUUUGGGUUCUUUAGCAUUGAACAAGGCUUGGAGGUAUGCUUAUUUUCUGUUCUUGGAGGGCCUCGAAUACAAAUUAUUUGGGUGCACAUUGUCUGAAAAGUUCAUGUGA